UUUGUGCGCAGUGCAAGCAUAUUAGACCGGGGUUUAUCCUACAGAUCUCUCAUGCUGUGUGCCAGGAGAACAGAGCUGCUGCCUUCAUAAAGACACUAGGUUACCUGAUCCUCUGAGGAUGCAAUAUUAGAUCACCUUUAUCCAGCCGAGAACUGCUUAUUCUGAAAGCUACUACACAAAGCCCUGUCCUGCAAGCCCAGCCAGCUGACAGCACCAACACCCUAGCCCUGCCUGGAUCCUGCCUCUGGGAACUGCCAGGCUCACAUUCUCUCCAAGGUGCUGAUUCUAAAGGCCUUACAAGCUCUGGCUCUGAUGGGUGCACAGAAAAUGUAGUAUACUAUCAGCUUCAGUAGCAUCUCAUCAAGACCUUGUAAAGGGGACUAUACCUAGGCUGAUCAUGGCUGCCUUGUGGAACAGCAUCUGGACAAAGUCACUGCUGCUUCUGUUUAUGGUCGGCAUCUGCUCACCUGUAUGCGUUGAAGUUCCUCCUGGGACAGAGGCGGUAAAAGGAGAGAACAUGACCUUAUUGUGCAUUUCUUGUAUGAAGAGGGAAGAAGUUUAUGCCGUCACCAAUGUUAAGUGGUUUUACCAGCCUAACGAUAAGGAACAAGAGCUACUUAUCUUCGAAUACGACAGGGGACCAAUGAUAUACGAUAGCCCUAUGAAAGGUCGUCUUCACUGGAAUGGCAGCAAAGAUCUUCAGGAUGUUUCUAUUACCUUACAUAAUGUGAGACUGAAUGACUCGGGAGUCUUUACCUGCAAUGUAACACGCAUUCUCCAUUUUGAUUCAUACCGUCACUCUGUUCAGAGCAAUGUAAGCAUUAACCUCAGGGUCACAGAAGAAGCUGGGGAAGAUUUUACAUCCGUGCUCUCUGAAAUUGUGAUGUACGUCCUCCUCGCUUUCCUAACCUUCUGGCUCUUGGUUGAAAUUGUAUAUUGCUACAGAAAAAUCUCUAAAGCAGAAGAAGUGACCCAAGAAAGCAUCACUGAUUACUUGGCAAUACCUUCCGAAAACAAAGAAAAUUGUGCAGUUCCCGUGGAAGAGUAACUGUCAGCAAAGAGGGGAGGAAGAAGAUGCAAAUCAGUUGCCUGUCUGCACAAGAACUGGAUCUAGCCCUGUACCCCAACUCACUAUUACAUAUCUGUUAUUCAGAGAGAUCUCAUAUAAACACCUAUCCUGCUCUGUACAUCUCCUUGUUUGGUUCACAAUGUAUCUUCAGAGGCGCUACAAUCUCCUUUUUAUACAACGCGUAUUUGUCAAGGUUGCCGGAAUGUGCUCUAAAUACCCAAGUUAUGGAUAUUCUUUUAUGUAGAAAGAUCUUGUGGUUGAAUACUGUAACUAAUUGAACACAAUGUGUAAAAGCAAAUACAAAAUAAGCAAUUGGAGCCUUAGAAGAUGGAAAAGGGAAAUUUUAAAGACCAUGUGGCAAGCUGGUAUUUUUUUUCUGCACUAUGUCCAUUUUUGACUGGUUACCUUUCUUUUCUUGCUAUUUAGAAAUGAUGAGGUCACCGCAAAAAUAUUGGGCGAAGGAGGACAUUUUUAUAGAUAGGGUGCAAUAUUUAGUCCUAUAUGGUUAAUUGUGCUUUUAAAUAUGUGCGUGAAUGCAUUUAGCGGUAACAUCUCCACAUAGAACAAAACAGGCACCGGCGCACAUGUAACAGGUGUUUAGAGGUGUCAGAGGUUUAUUUCUGGCAAUGUAUGGAUUUUAUUUUUGAGCAGCGUUUAUAAAUGCAAGUCAAGCUAAUGUCCCCAGUCUUUUGUAGUAUUGACAUUUAUGAGGACAAACAUGGAAGAACCAGUUAAGAAACACUGCCAAGAAGACGAUCAGAAGUGCUAUCCUUCUUUCUUGCAAUUGUCGAUAUGCUGUAUGCAUGUUCACUAUCUACUUCUCAGUAUUUUAUUAUUGCACUGUGCAGCAGGUAAACACUGUAUAUAAAUAAAAAAUACAUUAUUUGAAAAUGGAAACACUUUAAGUACAUUGACAUUAUAUACCAUCAUUUUAAACAGUAUUAUCUUCCAUGGAUUUUGUCUGGUCAUAUAAUUUGUCAGCCAUGCUUAUUUAUUUAUGUAUGUAUUUAUUUUUUAACAAAAAUAAAGGUAUGGGUUUUUGUUUUGGUUUCUCAACAUCAAA